UCGAGAGUCGAAUAGCGAGGGAGUGAGAAGAAACGGACCGAUUCGUGAGGCGUUAGGGCUUUUCUUUCCCAGCGGAACACAUUAUCGUUCACUUGCGGUGCCUUCCCAGAACUCGCACAACAACAGUGUUUGCUUCUGAGAGGGGCGUAACAGUGAAAGUGAUCGUCUUCAUCUUCAAGUAAUGGCGUUGGCUUUCGACGAGUUCGGAAGGCCCUUCAUUAUCCUCAAGGAGCAGGAGCAGAAGACCAGGUUGAGGGGCCUCGAUGCUCAGAAAGCCAACAUUUCUGCCGGCAAAGCUGUUGCUCGCAUUCUCAGAACCUCUCUUGGACCCAAAGGCAUGGACAAGAUACUUCAGAGCCCUGAUGGCGAUGUCACCAUUACCAAUGAUGGUGCAACAAUCUUGGAGCAGAUGGAUGUUGACAACCAAAUUGCAAAACUGAUGGUUGAAUUAUCUAGGAGUCAGGAUUAUGAGAUUGGUGAUGGCACCACUGGAGUUGUUGUUUUGGCUGGAGCACUUCUUGAGCAAGCUGAGCGGCUGUUAGAACGAGGAAUUCAUCCCAUUAGAGUUGCUGAGGGCUAUGAGUCUGCAUCCAGAAUUGCUGUUGAACAUUUGGAGCGUGUCGCUCAUAAGUUUGAAUUUGGACCAAGCAAUCUGGAGCCUCUGGUUCAAACUUGUAUGACUACCCUCUCCUCAAAAAUGUGCGUACAGUUGAUUCCAUUUUGUGAUACUUCAUGGAACCAUGAACCGAAUGCUGUGAAUCGGUGUAAGCGUAGCUUGGCUGAGAUUGCUGUCAAAGCGGUUCUUUCUGUUGCUGAUCUGGAGAGAAAAGAUGUUAACCUAGAUCUAAUUAAAGUAGAAGGAAAGGUUGGGGGUAAACUGGAAGACACAGAGCUGAUAUAUGGAAUUCUUGUUGACAAGGAUAUGAGCCAUCCACAAAUGCCAAAGCAAAUUGAAAAUGCUAAAAUUGCUAUCUUGACUUGCCCCUUUGAGCCUCCUAAACCAAAGACUAAGCACAAGGUUGAUAUUGAUACAGUGGAGAAGUUCCAAACAUUACGGAAGCAAGAGCAGCAGUAUUUUGAUGACAUGGUUCAAAAAUGCAAGGAUGUAGGUGCCACUUUGGUUAUCUGCCAGUGGGGUUUUGAUGAUGAAGCAAAUCAUCUCUUAAUGCACAGGAACCUGCCUGCCGUCAGAUGGGUUGGUGGUGUAGAGCUGGAAUUGAUAGCAAUAGCAACAGGAGGAAGAAUUGUGCCUAGGUUCCAGGAAUUGACUCCAGAAAAGUUGGGAAAGGCUGGUCUAGUUCGAGAAAAAUCAUUUGGUACAACAAAAGAUCGAAUGCUGUAUAUUGAGCACUGUGCAAAUUCAAGGGCUGUAACAAUAUUUAUUCGAGGAGGUAAUAAAAUGAUCAUAGAGGAGACAAAAAGGAGUCUUCAUGAUGCCUUGUGUGUGGCUAGAAAUCUCAUUUGCAACAAUUCAAUUGUAUAUGGUGGUGGCUCGGCUGAGAUAUCUAGUUCUAUUGCCGUGGAGGCAGCUGCGGACAGAUAUCCUGGAGUAGAACAGUAUGCUAUCAGAGCAUUUGCCGAUGCACUGGAUUCUGUCCCGAUGGCCCUCGCUGAAAAUAGCGGUCUCCAACCCAUUGAAACUCUAUCGGCUGUGAAGUCUCUGCAAAUAAAGGAGAACAAUCCCCACUUGGGCAUUGAUUGCAAUGACAUUGGCACGAAUGACAUGAGGGAGCAAAAUGUCUUCGAGACAUUGACCGGAAAGCAGCAACAGAUUCUGCUUGCUACUCAAGUCGUCAAGAUGAUACUGAAAAUUGAUGAUGUUAUUUCUCCUUCUGCGUACUGAUUCAUUAGUUGUAACUCGGUAUUUCUGAUGGGUUGAUUUGGUUUCUUAGAGCAGGAGACUCAUAUGGUUCCCCUGAUUAAAUUUGUAUCAUGGAUUUUGUCUUGGCUUUGUGUUGGAGAUGCUUGACCUUUUUUCUUUUGUUUGAUGGUCCCAUUUUUUAACCUUGAAAAUUAUGGAUUAAUUUAUUGUCGUUCUGAGCUUGUAACAGUCGACAACAGUGGAAAUGAAGUGGGCUUGUUUUUGUU